GCCCGCCGACCCCGGCGCAAUCAGCGUUUGCGUCCGGUGCUACAUGCGCGCGCAAAGUUGAUGUGUGCGCAGAGCGGGAGGGGGCGGGCGCUGGGAAAGGAGUUGGUGAGAGCGGCCUUGCGCAGCGGAGGCGCUGCUGUGAUCGUGAUGCCCCGCGCCAGCAGCAGCCGUUCAAGCAAGCCGUCUUCCAGCCGGUACAAAACCAGCGGAUCCAGCUCCCGUUCAUCUAGACGCCGCAGCUCGCACCGCUCGCGCUCGCGUUCCCGCUCCCGGUCUCCGCGGAGCCGCCGCCGGCACCGCUCGCCCUCCAGCGGACGCUCUUCGCGCCGGUCGACGCCUUCGCGACGCAGUAGUCGGAGACGCUCUCCAGCCAAGCGCUCUCGGUCUCCAGCCAAGCGCUCUCGGUCUCCAGCCAAGCGCUCUCGGUCUCCAGCCAAGCGCUCUCGGUCUCCAGCCAAGCGCUCUCAGUCUCCAGCCAAGCGCUCUCAGUCUCUUGACAAACACUCUUCAAGUUUGAGUGAUGAGAACAGGGAUGACUUGGCUGAUGGUCCAAUAUUUAGCAGUGACCUUCCACGCCCUCGAAGCAUUGAGCGAUAUUCCUUGAGCAAGGAAACUCCUUCUAGUCCUUCCAAUACAGGACAAAAUGAGGAUUAUCUCUUUAGAGACAAUUUUCUCCAUCAGUCAAACUAUAGCACGAGCUAUAACCAUCUACAAUAUCUCCCAAGCGAAACGGAAAGGUAUAAUAUGCUACUUGGGAAGCCAUCAGAGGAUACAGGGCAAGACCUAGAACUUCCUAAGCAUGACACAGACGACAGACUGCUUGAGAUAGGCAUAGAGCCUGAGGGUUUCUUGCCUGGGUCGUGGAACUUCUGCAAACAAGAUCCUAGUAGGAGCCCAAGCCUGCCAUUCCACGAUGUGGAUUUACGUGUACUUGAAUAUGCUGGGACAAAAAGCAAAGAGGAGGAGCUGAGCAGAAAUUUCAGUCAAGAACCUGAACUUAAAUAUCUGUGUAGACCUAAUGAAAUACCAGCAAUGCCCAAAAAAUCUAUCCUGAAGAAACCCAGGGAUAAUCCUUCUGUGCAGCCUGAAGUCUUUUCUAGCAAUUCUGCCUCUCUCAAAGAGCCCUCUCUUCUUUUAGAUCAUCCUCCUUUUCCCCAGAGAACCAACAGCAUUGCUCCUUUUUCAACUGAGGUGGUGAAAUUCCUCAAACUGUUCAAUAAAAAUGUAGCUGUAGAACCUGCAAAUAUGACUUCUGAAGGCAAUGUGCAUAAUUGGAAGCUGUAUUCUGGCCAAAAAGAAAACAUUUCCCAUUAUAAACAGAAUUUUGGGAGCUUUUUGAAUCAGAGAGAGUGUCAUGAGUCCACAUCAGAGCCUGAAGACCAGCACAGUGACUUCUUGCUUCCUCAUGAAAGAGCCAGCCAGGAUGGGAACGGCUUUUCAUGCAUUCUGGGUAUGAAAACAGAUUCUACCAGUGCUCAAGAAAAGAGAAGGAACAGCUUCCUUGAUGAUGUUGAGGAUGAAGAGAAGUUUCUUUAUGGUGAUAAUGGGGAUGACUCAUUUUUUAUUCAAAGGAUAACAUUGAGUGGUGAUAAAGAACAUGGAAGAAAGACAAUAAACUCUCCUCCUGCUAGUCCACCUGUAAAAUCAGACACUUUAGAAGAAUCCAGACCAGAGCAUGAGAAAAUUUUUGACUUGCUCAAAACUAUUGGUCUUGACAUUGGGGUGGCUGAAAUUGGUAGGCUUGCUGCCCGCACUCAGGAACGACUCCAUGGGAAGAAAGUAUCUCGUUCUCCUGAUCGUCAUUCAGUGGCUUCUCGUAAACCUAGGAAAGAAUCUAGGGAGUCUAAGGAAAGGCACUGCAGUCAAAGUGACACUCAUUCUCCAGAGUCAAGGCGGAACCACUCUCCCUCUCCUCCUGAUUCUUUCCCACCAUCUAAAGAGAUGUCUCCUGCUUCACAUUCUAAGGACACUAAAAGCAAAACUGCAUCACAAGAUUAUUUCCCACAAGAGCCUGUUCCCAUGGCAUCUCCAAUUCCGUCUGCCCCACCUUGUCUUCCUCAUAUGUUUCCUUCUCCUAUAAAUCCCCAGUAUAGCGUUCCAUCCUUCUUACCAUUUGGUGCAACUCAUCUGCCACAAAACUAUCCACAAAACUAUCCACAAAACUAUCCACAGAACUAUCCACAAAACUAUCUACAAAACUAUCCACAAAAUUAUCCACAAAACUAUCCACAAAACUAUCCACCUAACUAUCCACCUCCCACAAUGCCCCCUCCUAACUAUAAUCCAUAUGGACAGUAUUUCACUUAUGCAGCUUCUGGCUGGUCCGUGUAUGCUCCUCCCCAGCAGGCUGCUCCUCCCCAGCAGGCUGCUCCUGAAUUUCCAAAUGAACUUGGGUGUGGUAUUCCAACAGUGCCACCAGAUCCUUCACUUUCCAACCUCGGAGUUAUUCCAACAGUUACCACAAUACGAAGGAAAAAUAAAUCUACGGUUGUUCAAAUCCCUCAUUCCAAAUUGCCUCCUCAGCCUACCCACACAUUGCCUCCUCAGCCUACCCUCAAAGGUGCUAAGGAAAAAAUAUAUGAUGAAAGAAAGCGAGCUAUUCAGAAACAAAAGGUAUUGGAGGAAAUAGGGAAAUUGAAGGCUGAACAAGAACCACGACAGAAGAAACUGCAUUAUAUGACAGUUGAGUUAAACAGACUUACAAAACUGGAAGGGGAAAUGUCGCGGAAGAUGCGUAAGGCAGAAGAUCCCUUGCUGGCGGAAGUGAGCCAACUACGACAGAAGAUAGCAAAUGAAGUUGUUGAGCUGGAGAUACUUUCUGAUUUGGCAGAGAAAAAACAAUCUGAGCUUGACAAGGUAGCUCUGAUCCUGGGGAUUGACAUUUUUGAGAAAGCUGGGAAGCAGUCUUCUGAAAAUAAAGACAAGUCAGAAAAAUCCAAGUCAGAAAAUGGAAAAAAAUAAGGAGAAAACUUGCAACUCAAUCCAGUUGGAUACUUCAGUUGGAGAAGAUGACCUCUUUGUGGACGGAUGCUGGCCUACAACCCUGAAAGAAUAACGUCGGAGAAUUCUGCAGAAAAACGAAAAGAGGGACAAAUAGUAUAGGGACAUGAAUACUUACCAGAUAUCUGGAGAGAUUGCCGGGACGGUGUUACAGUUAUGUUUAUUUGUCUAGUUAUAUUUUGUUAUACGUAUAUGAAAACCAAUAAAAAGUAGUUAUAGAAAAAGCAGUGGAGAAAGAGGCAUUUGAUAGAGUAGAAUGGAGAUUUUUCUUUUAUGAACUGAAAGUAUUUGGUAUAAUACCCCAAUUCUUAACUUGGAUUUGCUGGAAGUUGGGGAAGUGUGACCCUGUUGAUUAUAUUGAUGUGCUUCCAGAGGCAAGGCUUUUUGUGAACAAGGACAUUGUUAUUCCUUUUGAGACUGUGGAACUAAAAGUUACUAUCCAUACCAUGUCAAACUUUUGUUUUCAUUUUAUUUGAUCACACUAUUUCCAGUCUAUACCAGUGAGUGGAUCAUGCUAAGAUAUGUUUGGAACAAAACAUUUCACCCUUUGCAACAUAUCCAUCAUCAUUCCUAUCAUUUCCCUUUUCCACUCUUGUUUCCUGACCAUGAAUGCAUGUAUUUCAUAGACCUGCAUGUGCUUAAAAAAAUUAAGUUGGAAUGCUGGUAUUUCAGAACUUUGACGUUCUGUUUGGCCAUAGUCAGUUCUCCUUUUCCUACUGUACUUCAUUUCUAAUCACAAUGUAAUUUGUAUAAUGUGAUUGAAAAACAGCCUAUGUCUUCUGUACAAUGACACAUGCACACAAUGUAACUGGCAAAUACCUCUUUUUACUAAAAGUUGGAACAUUUAUUAUGAUCAUUCAUUAUAAAUUGCUAACAAUUGCUGGAAACCUUAAAUUGCAAUUUUGCAAAAAAUAAAUAAUAAAGCUGCAGGAAUUUGUCCAUAUACACUGUGCGAAGGUCUUCAAUAAAGAGAUCUCUGGAACAUUAUAAAAGUAAUAACAUGCCUGGUAGUAAUGGAAAGAAACAAAAUUGCAUGGAUGGUGUGAUCAGGUGAGAGCAGAAGAGAAGAGCUGUGAUUAUAGGAUUGCUUUCUGGAAUUUUCAUUUGUUGUUGUUGUUUAGUCGUGUCCGACUCUUCGUGACCCCAUUUACCCAAAUCCAAACCAUAGCCAAAUAACCGUAAAGGGUAAAAGAGCAAAGAGGCAUCCAUACAUAAAGUUUUUUGUGGAUGAAAGGAAGAAACAUCGUGGGAUGUUUGCACAAGGAUGACAAGAUGGUGUGGAUGCCCGGGGGGGGGGCACAGGAAACUGAGGAAAACUGCACAAUGUCUGUCUCAAACACCGUUGAUGUUUCAGGGGCUUUCAACCAUGGCAGCCUUCUGGUUAGGCCCUCUUGAGUUGGAGCUGACUCCAGAUGGUGGUGUUAGUUGAUGAUUGCUUGAUCCCUUGCCAAACGUGCUUUGGGGUCCUACAGCAUUCUCUCAUUUCUCCAGUACCAUUAUACAUUUAAACAAAAAUGCUGGAAAAGGGUUUUGUAAUUACGGAGUGAAACAGUUUAAUAAUUAGUCUGUAAAUGGAAACUGCAAAGUUUAAAGUACCAUAGUCAUGAAUGAUUCUGGCAAGUAUAUGUAGAAUAGAUAGAAGACAGAAACAUAUGGUGUGCCUGGUAAUUGAGAUGUAACCCAUGGAUGUGAAACUUGUAGCCUUCCAGGUGACGUUAGCCUUGCCAUCAGCCCCAGCCACCAUGGGCAAUGAUCAGAGAUUAUGGCAGUUGUAGUUCAACAUCAUCUGGAGGGCUAAAUGUUCGGUUUGGGGGUAGCAGUUGUGCAUGGGUUCCAUGUUUGAAGGUAUAGGAGACAGGAUGGAUCGCAGUAAGGAGAAAUGUGAUUGAGAGGAGAGAGCUACUAGCAAUUCAAAGAAGGAGUUCAGAUUCUAAUGUUUUGUUGAGAGUCCAUACACAAGUAAGAGAGGUCAAUGCCCAUGUUCUCAAACAACCAAAAGAAGGACUUCUCUUUUCUGGCAAUCUAGGAUGAAGGCACUUCUAAAGGUGAUUCUUUUGAACCCCAAGAUUGCUCUUCUCUCCAUUUUUGCUGCGGAUGCCCAGGACCUUACUCAAAUGGAUCUUCUUAUCUGCCUUAUCGUGGCAGCACAGCUUACCCAUUGCUAGACACUGGAUAACUUUAAAUGCUGACCUGUUUGAAGUGUGGUUAAUGCAAGCUUGGGACUUAAUUUUAAUAGAAAAGGUGGCAACAAUUUCAAGACCGGAGGAACAAUGCUAAAUCAAAUAUACGACAUGGUUUUGGUUUUUUUGUAUGCUUUGACAACAGAACAAGGCUACAGACCGCUUACAGCUCAUGAAGAUUUAUGGAAGGACACUUUAAUUUGACUUGGGAAAUAUUUACAUGAUACUGAAUUACUUUGAAAUGAGACCGUGCUCUGGUGAGUCUUUAUAUCCUUUCUUACGUUGCUCAAAUGGAGAAAAAAACAAGUCAUUUUUAAAAACCCAGAACUUUUUGCAUCUUUACCCUGCUCCCAGCAUUGACCAUGGCAAUCAGUCUCACUAGAGUCGAUUUUCAGUCUUUAUCUCUACUGGCCAGUCGGCUGCAAGGUGUAUGCGCAUGAUUCAAUCAGCAAUCACUGUGCUGCUAGGUUCCACCUUGAUCUCCAGCUCACACUUUUUUUCAAGCAAUUCCUUCUCUUGGAGAAUGAGCUUUUAGCAAUUUCCAUUGAAUAUAGCCUGAGAGGACAUUCAUCCCUCACCCGGAGUUUCCUUGUGAUUGGCAACAUUAGCCAAUAAGAAGUCAUCAGGACACAGCCAUUUGCAUGGAAGACAGGUGUUUCUAACUGAUGCCCCCAACCAAUCCUGUACUUGCUGUGAAACUCCAGGUUUAUCCAGUUCUUGUGUGCUGCCCACUAACUGGGUCCUGACUCAGUCACACCUCCUUGGGCUAGGGUUCAGUUUGUGGUGGAGUGAGAACAAAGCAAGAGCAAAGCUGGAUUGCUCAGCUACCUCCAGAGAAGCAGGCAGCAAAGGGGAAAUCCCUCUUGCUUUUACAGUCCUCAUUGUAGUUACAGGUAAGUAGCCGUGUUGGUCUGAGUCGAAGCAAAAUAAAAAAAUUCCUUCAGUAGCACCUUAAAGACCAACUAAGUUUAUAUUUUGGUAUGAGCUUUCGUGUGCAUGCACACUUCUUCAGAUAUCUUCAGGUAUCUGAAGAAGUGUGCAUGCACACGAAAGCUCAUACCAAAAUAUAAACUUAGUUGGUCUUUAGUCCUCAUUGUAGUAAACCUUUUAAGUUCUCAGUCAGGCUGGAUGUUA